CGCGGCGGCGGGGGGCGGCAGCUGGAGGCCGGCAUGCGGGGCAUCCUCAUCACCUGCAACAUGAACGAGCGCAAGUGCGUGGGGGAGGCCUACAGCCUCCUCGGCGAGUACGGGGACCUGCUCUACGGGCCCGAGCAGUUUUCAGAUCACGAGGAGCGGCUGUCGGGAAGCGAGAAGGAGGAGGAUGAGGACGAUGUGGAGGCUGCCCUGAAGAAGGAGGUUGGCCAGAUCCGCGCCUCGACGGAGCAGAAGCUGCGGCGGUUCCAGUCAGUGGAGAGUGGUGCCAACAACGUGGUCUUCAUCAGAACCCGGGGCAUAGAACCUGAGAACCUGGUGCACCAUAUAUUAAAGGAUAUGCAUACCACUAAAAAGAAGAAAACAAGAGUCAUUCUGCGCAUGCUUCCCAUUUCUGGAACUUGCAAGGCUUUUAUGGAGGAUAUGAAAAAAUAUGCGGAAACGUUUUUUGAGCCUUGGUUUAAAGCCCCCAAUAAGGGUACUUUUCAGAUAGUUUACAAAGCUCGUAAUAACAGUCAUAUGAGUAGGGAAGAAGUAAUAAAGGAAUUGGCAGGAAUUGUGGGCAGCCUCAAUCCAGAAAACAAAGUCGAUCUUAAUAACCCACAAUAUACAAUUGUGGUGGAAAUAAUAAAAAGCGUCUGUUGCUUGAGUGUGGUAAGAGACUAUAUUCUGUUCCGAAAAUACAAUCUACAGGAGGUGGUGAAGAGCAACAAAGACGACAUACAACAAAACCCAUCAAGUCUGACAGAAGAAGAGAACUCAAAGGUAGUAAAACCAGAAAAUGAGGAGGAGGAGAAGAGCUCAAAAGAAGUAAAAGAAGAGAACAAGAAUCAAGGUGAAACAGAAGCUGAGCCCAAGGGGAAUGAUGUGCUAACGGUGUAGAAAAUGUGGUGGAAGGGAAAGAUAAAAAACACAAUGGAAACCUAUUAAAAAAAAAAAGAAGUUGCCCUAGAGUUCUGAAAGGGCGUUUUAAAGAGGAGAGUGGGUUUUGUUUUGAAAUCUUGUUUUUAAAAUCCACCAGUGUAAGAAUUUUAAUGCUCGUUGCAGGUGGAGCUGCCAUUACAGCAGCUGUAAGAGUGCUCAACAGUGUGUCACCUUUCUGGUGAAGCUUGCAGUCAUUCUUCUACGGCUUUGUUCUGCACUGCCUUUACCUAGCACAAAAAGCAGGAGUGUGGCCAUUCAUACGUAAAUGUGGCCAUCCUGACAUACAUUGACUCUCUUUUGUUAGAUCUGAUGGCUACAGAAAUCAAAAGGCAGUGCAGAAUCAGCUCCAGUAUUGACAGAAGUGAAAGAUCUGAAAAAGACAGUUGCUUGCAGAGGGGUUUUAGGGAAGUGAUCUGACAACUUCUGUGACUGCAGAACUCAGUUUUUCUGUGUAAACAGAAUGAGCUAAAACUGAUCAUUUCCUGUAUGAUGGAGGGGUUUAUACAUAUAUAUAUACACAUUGCUAUAAAAGGACAUGCUAAGUCUUGACAAUGAAUGGAAAGAACUGCUAUGAUCAAAAUACUUGAAUACAGUGAUACGAUUUAGAGUAUUAGAUUUGAGUGUUCUAGAACAGAAGCACAGUGCAGGCAUUGCAGAUGGUUCUAGCAAAAACUACACGUGUGUUUACAUUAGCUGUGUAUACAGCAGUUACUGGUUUAUAGGAAAUGCUGUAGUCGCUGAACAGAAUCCUUUUGAGUAAUUUCCUGCAAAUAGCCUUUUGCUGCUCUUUCCAAAGACUUUAUUCUUGGGGUUUUUUUUAUAAGGUCUUUUUUGUUUGUUUUUAUUUUUUAAUUAGGUUUCAAAAUUUGCAUUUGAAUACUGCUUGGAAACUUCUUAUGAAAGAAGCUCUCCAUUAUACCAUACCGGAUAAGGGGAAUUAAGUUUAAUUUUUGGUAGUUUUAGCUUAACAGUAUUAAUUUUGUUUCAGAUUGAAAUUAAUGUUAGUGAGUCUUUCUGUUGUCCAUUUGUUACAGAAACUCUUUUGAUAUCUCACUGAUUUUUUUAAAAACAACCAAAACCAGUGCAGCUACAACCUGCUUUCCAGUAGGGUUUUGAGUAUGCUUCCUGUACAGCUGUCUAGCUUUAGUAUUUCAUUUCUAGCAUAAAAGCCUGUGGGUUGCUAAUGGGGAAAGACUCAUCUUGAAGAAUGCCACUUGUUACUUAUCUUGGUUUAAUGAAAAGGAUGUGUUAAAGUCUCUCAACAGUAUUAAAUUUACAUUUUCCUCUUCUCUCAAAAUUGUUUUAGAAGUUGGAAAAUUGAGACAACUUUUUUCCCUGCUCCUGUCUCCCUUACCACCCAUUUAUUAAAACUCAGCUUUCUUACCUCCA